UUUGAUCCCUAGUCUACCUACGAAGUUUACUGUUAAAAGCUAUGUUACAAAUUAGGAUGGCCUAUUAAUAUGUUGAACUGAAUUAAUAAACAAGUUGUUUUUUCAUUUUGAAUUUGUAAAAUAACUUACUGAGCAUUUACAAGUGCCUUAAUCAUCCAUCAACAUGUAUUACAUAGGCAUUAUAUGUGGAUUAUUAUUACUUUCAUGGACUUUUAUCCAUGGCCGUAAAAAUAAUAAACUUCCACCAGGGCCAAUGCCUCUACCUUUAAUCGGAAAUCUCCACAACAUAUUCGGUGCUCCGCCCUAUAAGUCCAUGGAAAGGCUUGCUAACAAAUACGGCCCAAUAAUCAGCCUCAAAUUGGGCCGAUUACCCACCGUAGUUAUAUCUUCAUCAGCCGCCGCGAAAGAGGCCGUCAAAAAACACGAUUCCGUCUUUUCCAGUAAAACACCCAAAGAUGCAGUCGAAGUUCAUAACCACCAUAAUUUCUCCGUCGUAUGGCUACCGGUCGACAGCACUCGCCGGAAAAAUCUCCGGACGAUAUUGAAUUCGUGUAUCUUCUCUGCAAACAAGCUCGACGCGAACCAGAAUCUGCGGUCCUCGAAGAUCUCAGAACUCAUUGCUUAUUGCCAUCGGUGCAGCCAAAUCAGUGAGGCUGUGGAUUUUGGCUUAGUCGCUUAUGAUAUCGCGAUAAAUGUUUUAUCGAAUACAAUUUUCUCCGCAGAUUUAGUGGAUUUGAGUGCAAAAUCGGAGAAGAAAUUUAAAGAUGUGAUCCGGAGCAUUACAUACCAGAUCGGAAAGUUUAACAUGGUGGAUUACUUCCCUGUGCUGAAAUCGAUCGAUCCUCAAGGGAUAAAUCGAAGCACUUGCGUUAGUUCUGCUAAAAUGUUUCGGAUUUUUGGGGAUUUUAUUGAUGAAAGGUUGGACCAAAGGGAAAAAAACUCGCAGCAGAAAAUCAAAGACGUUUUGGAUAUUUUGUUAAAUAUGAGCGAAGAAAAAGAUGGCAAUGAUAAUAAUAUUGCAAUGGAUAGAAAUCAGAUUGAACAUCUUUGUCUGGAUCUUUUUAUUGCGGGAACUGAUUCAAGUUCCGCUACAUUAGAAUGGGCAAUGCUAGAGCUGAUGAAGAACCCGCACGCAAUGGAAAAGGCUAAAGUGGAACUCGCACAAGUGGUUGGCAAGAAAAAUGCGAUAAAAGAAGCCGAUCUCGUUCGCCUUCCUUAUUUGCACUGCAUUUUGAAAGAGACAUUGCGAAUCCACCCGCCUGUUCCCCUUUUGUCUCGAAAGGCCGAGCAAGAUUUUGAACUUUGUGGCUACUUCGUCCCAAAGGGUUCACAAGUGAUAGUGAACAUAUUUUCAAUUGGUCGUGACCCUGCUAUUUGGAAGGAUCCUUUAGCGUUUAAACCUGAAAGGUUUUGGGGUUCGAAUAAUAUGGAUAUUCGUGGUCAAGAUGAUUUUGAGCUCAUUCCCUUCGGAGUUGGUCGAAGAAUGUGUCCUGCUAUAUCUUUGGCAAUGAGGACCGUUCCCAUAAUGUUGGGUUCGUUGUUGAAUUCAUUUGAUUGGGUUGUUGAAGGCGACAAUGAUUUGGAUGCGGAGGAGAAAAGUGGUCUUAUAGUAAGCAAAUUACGUCCUUUACGACUUGUCCCGAUUUCACUAUAGGACUAUAUAUGGAUCAAAUUGGAAAUGAAGUAUUAUUUCAAUUGGCAUGGAAACAGACAGAAUUUAUGUAAUAAAGUGGAGCCUUGUGUAAUAUUGCAACAUAUAAGCAAGCAUAUUGAGUUUCACAUGGAUGAUGGAUCUUGUAUAUAUUUACCUAAUUUGAUAAAAUAAGCGCCCUCAAUCGCACUUGUUACAUCAAGUAAGUUUCUAGUUAAGUUUACUUUGAGUGGACAUAUGUAUGUAUGAAUGACAUUUGGAGCAGUACGGAAUCUAAACAGGG